AUGGCGUGCACCCGACUACGCAGUAGACUCUCAAUUGGAGGAGGUGUUCUUCUCAUGUCUGCAGCUGUUUGUUUUGCCUGGUGGAGUGAUAACAAAACAUGUCCUGAAAAAGUGGAGACUAUCAUCGACCAAACCUCCUUGAGCCCACUGCUGAGAUUACUGUCUUUUCUGUUCUGCUUGAUUGGAGGAUUCCUGCUUCUUUUUGGCUUCCUAUGGUCUGUAAAACUGAAUAGGCAAAUAUCCAGUGGAUACAGGCAAUGGAAUAGAACAACCUCAUAUCCCAAUACCAUGGAACAGAGAGCCAACUAUAGGCACAGUGAUCCUAAUAACCUACAAGCCCCUUUGUACAGCCCGUAUUGUGAGGGACUCAACUGCACAUCAGUGAUCAUGGUGCCAACUAACAGCCUUCUGAUUCCACUAGCAUCUGAAGAGCCAGCUCUGCCUCCAUCAUAUGAAAUGUUAACAGACACUAGCCAGAUUCAACUUCUACCCUGUACACACAGUCCAUCUAACAGUACACUUUCACAGAGGGAGCAAAUUCAGACUUUGCAGAAGGAAGAACUUAGACCAGGCUCUCUAACAUCAGCCACUAACAGCAUCCCUCCACCCAGUUACAACAAUAUCCAUUUGCACGUUUAA